GAAUCCCCCACUCUGUUCCCUUCUCCAGCGGAUCCCUGGUGAGUGAUCUCUACGCGCUCUGUUGUUCUUCACAUACCUUCGCUCAAUUCACCGAUUUCCUUCUCGAUCUGCGGCGUUUCUCCGUAGUUUCAUCCGUGUUUCUUCGAUGACGCCGUCGAUUCGUUUGGGUUAAUCUCAAAGUCGGUCAACUUUAACUCUUAUCCACUAAUCUGCGGCGGUCAUUGACCAUGACCUCUUCGAUCUGCUAUUGCGUGGAAAAAUACCCAUCGACUUUGACUUUUUGGUGGUAAACAAUGGGACAACUGCUUUGCUGUGUACAAGUUGAUCAAGCAACUGUCGCAAUCAGCGAGCAAUUUGGCAAGUUUGAUGCUGUCCUUCAGCCAGGAUGCAAUUGUGUGCCAUGGGUUACUGGUAAGCGAAUUGCUGGUCAUCUCUCACUGAGAUUGCAACAGUUGGAUGUCAAGUGUGAAACAAAAACAAAGGAUAAUGUUUUUGUAAAUGUCAUUGCCUCAGUGCAAUACCGUGCUAUGACCAACAAGGCGAGUGAUGCUUUUUACAAACUGACCAAUACAAGAACUCAGAUUCAGGCUUAUGUCUUUGAUGUAAUCAGAGCCACGGUACCGAAGCUCAAUCUGGAUGAUGUAUUUGAGCAGAAGUCUGAAAUUGCCAAAGCAGUUGAGGAUGAACUGGAAAAGGCUAUGUCAGCUUAUGGAUAUGAAAUAGUGCAAACAUUAAUUGUUGAUAUUGAGCCAGAUGAACAUGUAAAACGUGCAAUGAAUGAAAUUAAUGCUGCUGCAAGAUUGAGGAUGGCUGCAAACGAGAAGGCCGAAGCAGAGAAGAUCAUCCAGAUAAAGCGGGCUGAGGGCGAGGCAGAGGCCAAGUAUCUCUCAGGUUUAGGUAUCGCUCGACAACGCCAAGCCAUCGUGGAUGGACUUAGGGACAGUGUCCUAGGCUUCUCUGGAAAUGUUCCAGGCACCUCACCUAAGGAUGUGAUGGACAUGGUGCUGAUAACUCAAUAUUUUGAUACCAUGAAGGAGAUUGGUGCGUCCAACAAAUCAUCUGCUGUAUUUGUCCCCCAUGGACCUGGCGCUGUUCAUGAUAUCGCACAGCAAAUGCGGGAUGGCAUUCUUCAAGCUUCCUUGAGCAAGUAACUAUCAUGUCUGACCGACUCCGAGGACAGGCUGGAUCCGAGGUUCGGGGCGUCUACAUACAAAACCAAUGCAUUAGUGUUGAUGAACUUGUUGCCGUAUUGAUGUGUGGGGAUUGUGUGAUAUCUUAGUAAGCUGUGAAUCUUCUGCUACUCUUUUCAAGUCUUAUGGGUAAUGGUUGCAAUACUAGUUGAAUGAACUAUUAAAUGUACAUGCUUUUACAUAGCAGUCAGUGUUGCAGAAUUAUAGUCCAUAUAUACAUUAUCUAA